AUGUCUCACAGCGACUUUGCGAACUCUUCGAGGACCUACGAAGGCUACCGCGAAACCGAUAGUGCAGCACAGGAGGAUGCUUAUUCGUAUAGACCGGCACGCAACCGCUUCUCAGCGGAUGCGCUGAAACGCUUUUCGAUGGACGAGUUGACUUCAUACGACCUCAAUCCGCCGCCACCAGCCGUCUCCGAGGCGAACGCAGAAUAUAUCGCCUCACGACUAUUCUCUGCCGGCCAUCUUGAUGUGAUUCUCAAAGACACUCACGAGUCCCGACGCUUUCGUUCAUUUCUAGAGAAAUACCGCCCCGGAGCCGCUGCGACAUUGGUGCGCUACCUGGAAUCUCAGAAAGCCCUCGCAGCUAUACGCUACGCAAACUCCCUGGCUAACGUGGUAUCUGCCACACGACCUCCACAAGCUCAGGGGCCAUCUCGUUCGUCGUCGGUGAAGAGCGAAGCGGCGGUCAUAGAUACACAAUUCGAAAGCUUUGCUCAGAAAGCUGUCGACGAUUUAGUGACCGAGGCAUUGCCCGCAUAUAUCACGCAUCGAAUGAUUACUGUUGUAACUGAAUGCUUGGUGAAAGAUAUCACGGAAACGUCUACGCCUUUCAUGCGAGAUUUGGUCCAAGGCUUGGCAGAAGUGUUCUGUUUGAGCGAUCCAAAUCAGCCUGACAGCCCGCUCGUUUUUGCGUCCGAAGAAUUUUAUAAUACUACCCAAUACAAUCAAGACUAUGUGAUUGGCAAAAAUUGCAGGUUCUUACAAGGCCCUGCGACCUCGAAGGCGGCUAUCAAACGCAUUUCCACUGCCCUGGACAAUGGCCAAGAGAUCAGUGAAUUAUUGCUCAACUACAGGCGAAGUGGGCAGCCUUUCCUGAACUUAGUCAUGAUGGCUCCACUCAUGGACCAGCGCGGCCACGUACGUUACUUCCUCGGUGCUCAAGUUGACAUCACUCGCCUUCUGGAAGGUGGAAAGGGACUACAGUCUCUCAAGCAACUUUUUGACCAAGAGAAAGCAGUCGCUCGCAUAGCAGGUUUUGGAGACAAAUCGUCCUUGAUGAUGCUCCGAGAGCUCGGAGGCCUCCUAAAUGAAGAAGAGGCAGACAUUGUCAGGCAACAGAGGCAACGGACCCGCCCGGGUUCUGCAAGCUCGGCUGACAGCAUGUCGACGCGCCACAUACCCAGUUCGGGCAGACGUUUCAUCGGCAUGGAAGACACCGCAGACGACAAUAUAUGGCCAGCAAGGAGAUUCGGACCAGAGGGAAGGUUGCCUGGUGUCUAUCAGAAUUAUCUCCUUGUACGACCAUACCCUUCUCUUCGGAUCAUCUUCACCUCGCCCGCCCUACGCAUUCCCGGCCUCUCCCAAUCCAAACUCAUGGACCGUAUCGGUGGCCCCCAGCAUGUUCGGGAAAGUCUCAGGGAAGCCCUCGCCCAAGGGACCAGCGUCACAGCCAAAGUAUCCUGGUUGGCGCACAGUCAUCGGUCAAAUGAGAAUGGCUCGUUCGCGGAGGAUGCUUCUAUGGCUACGCUAGGACCCCCAAGUGCUCUAGAAAGUCGACCCCGCUGGAUUCAGUGUACGCCAAUGCUUGGAUCGGAUUCUAAGCCGGGUGUCUACAUGAUUGUCAUGGUUGACAAAGAGGAGAUCACCGGUACCCUCAUUGCCCGUCAAAACACAGUUCCCCCUGCUGUCCGAAGUCGCGACCUCACCGGCGAAGCUUGGCCAUACCGCGAGUCCAGCUCCGGCUACAGCGCCGCGCGGUACCCCAGCACUAAGCUGUACGCGGACUACCUGAAACGAGAAGGCACAAUCAGCGAGGACAGCAGCUAUACCCAGCAGCGAACCCCACGCAAUAACCGAGCAUCGCUGGAGGACGACACCAGACUAGGACGGGUCAACGCCGGACUCGCAAUGGUUGAUCUGGGCGCCGACGAACGACGUGAUCGCUCGGCGGCGGGCAGACCCCCGAGUCGCAUGUCCCGCGAUGAAGAGCAGUCGGGGCCUGACUACAAGAACAAUAUAUCGAUGGGUGUCGGGCCGCCGACACCGCAUCGCAAGCAGAGUCCGUCCGCGGACAUGGACGCAUGA